CCGCGCGGUGAUGGUGGCGCCGGUGUACGGCUGCCACGGUGGCCGCCUGGCCUGGGCGCUGGCGCUGGCCCUGGUGCUGGCCCUGCUGAUCGGGCUGUUUCUGAGCGGUUUGACCGGCGCGAUCCCGGCCCCGAGAGGCGACUGGGGGCCAAAGGGGCUGGUCCCACCCCCCUCCCGCAGCCGCUCGGCGGUCCUGGACGCCGGGACGGGCCAGCUGCGUCUGGUGGAUGGCCACCAGCCUGACUCCGUGGCCUGGGCCAAUCUCACGAACACCAUUCACCAGACCGGGUGGGCCCUUCUGGAGCUGCACACAAAUGGCCACUACAACGACAGCCUUCAGGCCUACGCAGCGGGCCUGGUGGAGGCCGCCGUGUCGGAGGAGCUCAUCUACAUGCACUGGAUGAACACGGUGGUGAAUUACUGCGGCCCCUUCGAGUACGAAGCCGAUUACUGCGAGAAGCUCAAGAGCUUCCUGGAGGCCAACCUGGAGUGGGUGCAGAAGGAGGUGGAGCUGAACAAGGACUCUGCUUACUGGCACCAGGUGCGGCUGACCCUCCUGCAGCUGAAAGGCCUCGAGGACAGCUAUCAAGGCAGUGUGAACUUCCCAACGGGGAAGUUCACCAUCAAACCCUUGGGGUUCCUCCUGCUGCAGCUCUCUGGGGACCUGGAAGACUUGGAGCUGGCCCUGAAUAAGACCAAGGCCAGGCACACUUUGGGCGCUGGCUCCUGCUCUGCCCUCAUCAAGCUGCUGCCCGGCCACAGGGACCUCCUGGUCGCCCACAACACCUGGAACUCCUACCAGAACAUGCUGCGCAUCAUCAAGAAGUACUGGUUCCAGUUCCGGGAAGGCCCCCAAGAACACUCUCCCCUGGCUCCCGGGAACAAGGUGGUCUUCUCGUCCUACCCCGGCACCAUCUUCUCCUGUGAUGACUUCUACGUCCUGGGCAGCGGGCUGGUGACCCUGGAGACCACCAUCGGCAACAGGAACCCGGCCCUGUGGAAGUACGUGCAGCCCCAGCAGUGCGUGAUGGAGUGGGUGCGCAACGUCGUGGCCAACCGCUUGGCCUCCAGCGGGGACACCUGGGCAGAGACCUUCAAGAGGUUCAACAGUGGCACGUACAACAACCAGUGGAUGAUCGUGGACUACAAGGCGUUUGUGCCCGGCGGGCCCAGCCCUGGGAGCAGGGUGCUCACCGUCCUGGAGCAGAUCCCGGGCAUGGUGGUGGUGGCCGACAAGACCUCGGAACUCUACAAGAAGGGCUACUGGGCCAGCUACAACAUCCCGUCCUUUGAGGUUGUGUUCAACACCAGUGGACUGCAGGCCCUGGUGGCCCGGUAUGGGGACUGGUUCUCCUAUGACAAGAACCCCCGGGCCCAGAUCUUCCAGCGGAACCAGUCUCUGGUGCACGACAUGGACUCCAUGAUCCAGCUGAUGAGGUACAACGACUUCCUGCACGACCCCCUGUCACUGUGCAGAGCCUGCAGCCCGCAGCCCAACGGGGAGAACGCCAUCUCGGCCCGCUCAGACCUCAACCCAGCCAACGGCUCCUACCCUUUCGAGGCCCUGCAGCAGCGCUCGCACGGGGGCAUCGACGUCAAGGUGACCAGCAUGGCACUGGCCCACGCCUUGAGCCUUGUGGCAGCCAGUGGCCCCACGUGGGACCAGGUGCCCCCUUUCCAGUGGAGCACCUCACCCUUCAGUGGCCUGCUACACAUGGGCCAGCCCGACCUCUGGACGUUCUCGCCCAUCAAGGUCCGAUGGGACUGACGCACCGUCUACCUGGCUGCCUUCUGCCCCUGCUGACCUCAGCGGGGCCACCCUACCGCCCGCCGCCAUGACCUCUUGCUCGUCCCAUCUGUGGCCUUUGCCCCCUGUUGUGCCCAGAGCUGGGACCUGGGUCUGCCAGGUUCACUCUCACCUGGGCAUCCCCUCCUAGGUGGGCACAGACCCCGCUGGGGCCCAGAGCUGACCCCUCUCCCCUGGAGUGGGUGAGUGCCAUUUCUGUCUCCCUCUGCCUCUCUGCGUCUGCCCGUCUUCCCUGUUUCUCUCCCUCUUCUCCCUGCUUCUCUCUCUGCUGCACCCUGGGUCCCACCCUCACGCCGCCCCUGCUGAGGGAUCAGGUCCUGGGCCCGGAGGGUUUCAGCCCCUUGGGCAGCAGCUCCGCUUCCCCCCUGGACAGCGUCCUCAAGGACAGACACUGGAAAACACGCACAAACCAAAGUUUCUGGUGACUUGUGGCUGGAGGGCCUGAGUGUCCUCUCUGCAGGGGCAGGGAGGAGUGUCAGCCCCACGCUCCAGCCUCAUGCCCUGCCCCCAACCUGGGCGUGCGCCUGGCCUCAGUUUCCCUGCUGCAGGUCCCAAAUCACAGCUGUGGCGGAAUUAAAUGAGAGGCUGUGGCCCCUGUGCUGUGCCUUGUGGGGCAGUGGGGCAGGCUGGGUCCACGCCUUCUUGCAAGACUGCGCCACCCUCCUGCAUCUCCUGCCUGUCCUGUCUGUCCACCCACCCAGCCAUGUCCAUCUGCGUACUCCUCCAUCCUUCUAUCCACCCACCCCCACCUGUCCAUCCACGCACCACCCAUCCCUCCGUUUUCCAGCCAUCCGUUUAUCCGUUCAUCAUCCAUCCAACCAUACACCCAUAC